AUGGGUCCUGCCAAUCUCCUCUUCAUCGUACUAGCAGCUGCAGCACAAUUGCUCUCUGAGGCGCAGUUCGCCGAGUAUCCCACAGCGAACCUCUCAACAUCGUGGACCAACAGCAAAGACUCCCUCCCCGGGCAACGCGUUCUUCAGACCCUCUUCUCUGAUGCUAGCCUCAUCUGGUCUAGCGGCAGCUCGGGCCGGUCCGUAGCCGGCAUGGUGAUCACCAAGGACAGCAAUCUGGUGCUAUUUGAUCACAGUAAUGGAACUGUAUGGCAGUCUUUUGAUCAUCCUAGUGACGUGUUGCUCCCUAGGCAGUCACUAGUGGAAGGUACGAGGCUUGUAGCUAACACUUCCGCCACAAAUUGGACAGAGAAUCAGUUGUACAUGACUGUUCUCCCCCGAGGAUUGUAUGGUUAUGUUGAAUCCACACCAUCACAACUCUACUACGCGACUUCAGUAUGGGUGAACGAGAGUGACACAGGAAAUGGUCCAACAAAGGUUACCUUUCUCAAUAGCAGCCUCAGCCUCAUUGUGCAGUCUAGGCAGCCAAGCAGCCCACAUAUGUUUAAGAUCUCACUGCCAGCAGCUAAAUCCACUCAGUACGUGAGGUUAGAGUCUGAUGGGCACCUUAGGCUGUAUGAACGGUCUCAGGAAGAAACGACAUGCACCUUACUCUCUGAUGUAACCAAGGUAGGACCAGGAGGAUUGGCUGAUGAUUCCACACCAUUGAGAAUGCAACGAAUGGAGACAGUUGUGCAAUCUAGCCCCUCUUCUGCUGCUUCUCAUCCUGUUGCAAACAAAAGGAAGGUUAUUCUAGGCAUCGCCCUUGCACUUGUUACUGCUACCAUAUUCAUUGCCAUUGUUAUCACUGUUUGUCUGCUAAGGAGGAGAAAGUAUGAAGACAAUGAUGAAGACCUCCAGUUUGACCAAUUACCAGGGAUGCCAACAAGGUUUCCAUUUGACAAGCUGAGAGAAUGCACUGAAGGGUUCAGUAAAAAGCUUGGAGAAGGUGGAUUUGGGUCGGUUUUUGCAGGGAAAUUGGGCGAAGAGAGAGUUGCAGUCAAACGUUUGGAAGGUGCUAGACAAGGAAAGAAAGAGUUUUUGGCAGAGGUUGAAACCAUUGGAAGCAUAGAGCACAUCAAUCUUGUCAGGCUGAUUGGCUUUUGUACAGAGAAAUUCCAAAGGCUUCUUGUGUACGAAUAUAUGUCGGGAGGGUCACUUGAUAGAUGGAUCUAUUACCGCCAUGACAAUGCGCCACUCGAUUGGCACACGCGGUGUGGAAUCAUUCUGGAUAUUGCCAAAGGCCUAUGCUAUCUUCAUGAGGAGUGCAGGCGAAAGAUAGCUCAUUUGGACAUCAAACCACAAAAUAUUCUCUUAGAUGAGAACUUCAAUGCCAAAGUGGCUGAUUUCGGAUUAUCUAAGCUAAUAGAUAGGGAUCAAAGCAAGGUAAUGACGAUGAUGAGAGGCACGCCUGGGUAUAUGGCACCUGAAUGGUUAACCUCACAAAUCACUGAAAAGGUUGAUGUCUACAGCUUUGGAGUAGUUGUCAUGGAGCUAAUAAGUGGGAGAAAAAAUAUUGAUAAUUCUCUGCCUGAGGAGAGUUCUCACCUCAUCAAUUUGUUACGAGGAAAGGCUCGAGAUAAUCAAUUGAGUGAUCUGAUUGACAAACAUAAUGAAGACAUGCUUUCACACCAAGAGCAGGUGAUUCAAAUGAUGGAACUUGCAAUGUGGUGCCUGCUAAAUGAUGCCGGUCAAAGGCCUUCCAUGUCAACGGUGACAAAGGUAUUAGAGGGUGGGAUGAGCAUAGAAACUGCUAUUCUUCCCAGAUUUCUCAAUUCAAAUUCAAUCUUGCCCCUGGAAAAUAAUCCGACUGCAUAUUCAGUUCAACCUCAAGCAUCAGUUUUAUCUGGACCAAGGUGA